AAGGAGAAAAGAUGGUGGUCGCCGAGAGCGAGAGCACAAAGAAUCGUUCGGCGUGAACGAGAAUUCGGAUGUUGAUGAAUCAGGUCACGAGAGCAUAGAAUUGGUUGAAUUUUGUACGAGGAUUUCGAGGAUCCAAGCUCCGGAGGGAAUAAGCUUUGCUCGCUUCGUUGCAUUCUGCAAUCAGGAAUUCCGCGCGACGGGUGGUGGGGCUGAUGGCGACGCACAGCGGGUGGGAAAAAGUGACUGUGGUGGGUUGAAGCAUGGCUGCAACGCGUUUGGGCAGCAUGUCGUCGUCUUUCCCGACCCUGUGCUUGCCCUCCUGUUCUGUGCUGAGAUUACAGGGCCCGAUGUUUGGCUCCCGCGUGAUGUCCUCUCUCUGCGCUUCGACUAGUUCUUCUCUGAUUUAUGCCAAUAAACCUGCGGACCAUCCAGGGCUUGAGUCUCAAGACUUUCGAACUCAGAGUCGUCUGUUUUUUACCGGCGAGCUUCAAGGUUUCGCAAGCUUCAAGCAUUCGUCCUCAUGUUCACGAGUUCGCAAUCUUUUGACCAACUCUGCCCAUUCAAAUGCAUCCAUAUCCUCUCCUUUAGUGAGGCCUGUCAGUAAAACCUUCAAUGUCCCCCGUCGUCUCUCUUCCCUUCUCUAUCCCCGAAACUUAUCAGCUGUCUCUUGUUCCUCGACGUCGAGUGCUUUGGGCCCCAAAUACACGAUUGCCGAUUCUUCGAAAGGUGAACAGUUUGACGUUGUUGUUGUGGGGGGAGGUCAUGCUGGCUGCGAAGCAGCAUUGGCCUCAGCGCGGAUGGGUGCUAGAACUCUUCUUCUUACGCUCAAUUUGGAUCGCAUCGCCUGGCAGCCAUGCAAUCCUGCCGUUGGUGGACCAGCUAAAUCCCAGUUAGUUCAUGAAGUAGAUGCCCUUGGCGGAGAAAUCGGAAAGAUGGCUGACAGGUGUUAUGUGCAGAAAAGGGUGCUAAAUCGUUCCAAGGGACCGGCGGUGUGGGCACUUAGAGCGCAAACUGACAAGAGGGAAUACGCGAUGGAGAUGAAGAAAGUUGUUGAGAGCACAAAGAACCUAUUUAUCAGAGAGGCAAUGGUGACAGAAAUCCUUGUCGGAAGCAAUGAUAACGUGGAGGGCGUACGGACGUUCUUUGGUGUCAAUUUUUAUGCUCCAUCAGUGGUCCUGACUACUGGAACAUUUAUGAACGGCAAGAUUUGGGUUGGACGCUCGUCGAUGAUUGCUGGCAGGGCUGGUGAGUCAGCCUCCACAGGUCUCACCGAGAACCUUCAAGGUUUUGGUUUUGAGACAGACAGGCUGAAGACUGGAACUCCUGCUCGUGUGGACAUUCGAACUGUGGACUAUUCAAAGUUGGAACGACAACCGGGUGAUGAAGAGGUCCGAUGGUUCAGUGUGGAUCCAGAUGUACACAUUGAGAGAGAACAAAUGUGUUGUUACUUGACUCGGACAACAGCCGCCACUCACAAGAUUAUCACGGACAAUUUGCACGAGACUCCGACUUAUGGUGGCUGGGUGGAAGCUAAGGGGCCUCGCUACUGCCCUUCUAUCGAGGAUAAGAUCGUAAGAUUCAAAGAUAAAGAAUCUCACCAGAUCUUUCUGGAGCCUGAAGGUCGAACUGUGCCAGAGCUCUAUGUGCAGGGCUUUUCUACAGGACUUCCCGAAAGGUUACAGCUAGCUCUCCUGCAAUCUUUGCCAGGACUUGAGCAGUGUUCAAUGCUAAGGCCUGCAUAUGCGGUUGAGUACGAUUAUCUUCCCGCUCACCAGUGCCAUAGAACUUUGAUGACCAAGAAGCUAGAAGGGUUGUUUUUUAGUGGCCAGAUAAACGGAACUACCGGCUACGAAGAAGCUGCUGCUCAGGGAAUGUUAGCGGGUAUCAAUGCAGCCAGAUUAGCUGGUGCACAAGACUUGGUGGUGCUCGAGAGAGAAAGUAGCUAUAUUGGCACACUCAUCGAUGAUCUAGUUACUAAAGAUCUGAGGGAACCAUAUCGGAUGUUAACCAGCCGAUCGGAACAUCGGCUUCUUUUGAGAGCAGACAACGCAGAUAGCCGGUUGACACCCUUGGGGCGGGAGUUGGGGUUGAUCGACGAUCGAAUGUGGAAGUUGUUUCAAGAGAAGCAGAGUCGUAUUGCCGCCGAGAAGUUGCGUUUGCAGACAACAAAAAUAAAUGGAAAAAUGGCAAUUGCCGAAGAAGUCGCGACAAUAUCAGGACAAAGUAUCAACGAAGUUGUUCCUUUAGAACUUGUCUUGAAGAGACCACAUGUGCACUAUGAUGUCUUGGAGCGACACGGAUUGGGUGAUCCAACACUUACGGCUAUGGACAAAGAAUGUGUGGAAAUUGAUAUCAAAUACGAAGGGUUUAUCACGCGCCAGCGUAACCAGCUUGAGCAGAUGGCGAACAAGCUACAUAAACCCAUUCCUGAGGACACUGAUUUCUACCUUAUUUCCACCUUGUCGUUGGAGGCUAGAGAAAAGCUGUCGAAGAUCCGUCCCCAAACGAUCGGACAAGCAUCACGAGUUGGAGGAGUGAACCCUGCAGAUAUAACUGCUCUUUUAAUACACUUAGAAAUUAAUAGGCGAAAGAAAGAACAGCUGGAGAGACCACCACGUUUGCAUAGAGGUCAUCCAAGAGUUGAUGACAUUUCGAAGCAAACGAUUGUAGUAUGAUCAAAUUUACAGAAAUAGACAAAACGAUUUUUGUGGGUAUUUGGCCCGUCCGCACAAAACU